AUGUCAUAUCCGGCCCCUCCAGGUCUCAAUACCUCCCAACCUCCAGCUUCACUGCCUGCGCGGCCGCCGCCGUCUGCAGUCGGCCCCGCGCAAGCCUUCAAACCACCAUCGAGCGCCGCCUCUGCGAAGCCGGCUUUCACAGCCUUUGCUCCAAGGUCGGUAGCGAACUCAUAUCGCACGAGCAGUCCAGCGCAUUACGCUGCAGCGCCGGUCACUACCUACAGCCCUGCUGCACAGUAUCAGCAACCCACGUCACUUCCUCAAUAUGACGCCUCCUACUCGAGCGCUCCUCAGAUCCGCAACCCUUUCGUGCCGACCCCAGACGCAUCCUCCUCGGCGAAUCCAUAUCCAGGCUACGACGCCGACUAUGAAGCACAAGUUCAGCAGUGGCAAAGCGCAUACAUGACCAGAGAUGUUAAUAACACGUCCACGCCAAAACCAACAGGAGUAGCCGCCGCAACCACUACCCAAAACACGAGCACGUCCCAGAAGGAGUCCACAACUCAACAUAAGGAUGAUGCCGCUAAAACGGUCCAUCGCUCGGGCGGUGGUACCAAUUGGACUGAUCCGACCCUCUUGGAGUGGGACCCGGCACACUUCCGCAUCUUCGUCGGCAAUCUCGCAGGCGAAGUGACAGAUGACUCCCUCCUCAAAGCCUUCGCACAAUACCCCUCGGUCCAAAAAGCCCGUGUGAUCCGAGACAAACGCACCACCAAAUCCAAGGGGUAUGGAUUUGUAAGUUUCGCCGAUGGAGAUGAUUACUUCCGUGCUGCAAGAGACAUGAACGGAAAGUACGUGGGCAGCCAUCCGAUUGUGGUGAAAAAGGCGGUAACAGACGUGCGACCUACAACCGCGAAGCAAUCAGGACACAAGGGCAAAGGUGGCGCUGGUGGCCAUGGAAAGGUAGAGCACGGUGGGGUGCAUAAGAAACAGCCCAAGACGAAGGGUGGAUUAAAGGUUCUUGGAUGA